AUGGCCACCGCCCUCUAUCGCAUCCGUGUUGUCCGUGUCCACCGGGGCAAGUGCAUUGUCGUCUUCCGCGUCUAUAAUGUCUACUACGACGGGUGCCAUACGGUGCCAUCGGAUGCCUCCUUCUUCGUGCUCCUCCUCGACGAAGACCCGUUCCUCUUUCUGUCGUACGCCACGGUCGGUCCCAAGCGCAGUUUCUCGAACGCCAACGAGCACUUUGCCAUUGCCUCCAACGGCCAAGCGCUCGACUAUGAUUGGAUGACUGCAAAUGCACACAAGUUUGUCAAGCGCGUCGAGCAGACAGCGUACGCGCCGGCAACACUGAAGACGAACGCCACGUUCGUCUACAGCGGCUUCAAGCAGGAGCGGCAGCUAGAGCAAGGCGUGUACGAAGUCGAGUAUACUGAUCCCAAGUGGAUCGAACACUUUCAGGUCGGCCACGUGUGGCAGUCGUACUGCUUUGACAUGCUGCACUGCUUGCCCAUUGAUACCUCGCACCUCGAACCCGUGGCGACGCCCAAGCCAAGACCCACCCGCGCUGCUGCAAGGUCCACCACGAAAGCCAAGACGAAGAUGCCAGUCAAGAAGUCAACACCUGUCAAGGCAGGCGCGACUCAAAAGGCCGUCGCACGAAAACGCCAGACAAAGAUCUAGAGAAGCAUCACGCAACUUACCUCAUUGAUAUUCAACUCCAUUUCGAAA